AUGUUCCAUAUUCAACUGGGAAACGAAAGAGCAGCUGCUAAGACUUGUGGCCUGUACAGGUCGGCUCCUAUCACCCGACCGCGACUCCGGGUUUUAGUCUUCUCAACACGCAUUGGACCGCAGCGUGGUAUCGAGGCCGCUUGUGACGGGGGAUCAGGCAGGCCCUGUGGUGGAUCGCAGCAGCAGGCGUGUUUUGAGAAUCCUCAACUAACGACUUCUGAGGCGGCUCAAGAGGCGAGCGAGCAGGCAGGCCCUGUGGGUCGCAGCAGCAGCGACACCAUCGCUCUUCCCAUUGCUUUCAACCCACUGGCAUCACAUAGCGUGCACGAGCAGCAGCAGGAGGUUGAGGGAGGGGCAGAGGCAAUAACACUGCACCUGCCGUCCCUCCCCUCACACCUCUCUCUGCCCCAUGCCCCGGCUCCACAGACUACGAGGGCGAGCAGCAGAUGGAGACUACGAGGGAGAGCAGCAGAUGGAGGUGGAGGCGCUGGGGAGGCAGCAGAGGCACCUUCCACCCCCCCCUCCACUCCCUCCCCAUUCUCCCCCUUCCGUCCCUUGGCCCAUCUCUCUGCCUCAUGCCAUGGCUCGACAGACUACGAGGGCAAGCAGCAGAUGGAGGUGGAGGCGCUGGAGGCGAUUCUCAUACUACGAGGGCGAGCAGCAGAUGGAGGUGGAGGCGUUGGACAGACAGAGGCGAUAAUAACCAUCCUUUCCUCCCCUUCCCUCCCCGCCCCUCCCCUUCCCUCCCCGGCACAGACUACGAGGGCGAGCAGCAGAUGGAGACUACGAGGGCGAGCAGCAGAUGGAGACUACGAGGGAGAGCAGCAGAUGGAGGUGGAGGCGCUAGAGGCGAUUCUCAUGGACGAGUUCGAAAGGGUGGACGACACAUCAGGCCUGGGCCUGCCAGCGGAUAAGCCUUGCUACCUCAUCACAAUAUCGCCCAAGGGGGAUGACGAGGAAGAGACGACACCUUUUCCAGUGCGGCUGGCACUCUACUUCGCCCACACGCCCACCUACCCCGAUGAGCCACCGCUACUCAGUUUGCGAAGGUGA